UUUAGUUAAAUGCUUUGAUUUUGUUUAAAGAGCCCUCAGUGCCUUAUUGUCAAAUGCUAAAUUUAGCUUACAUUUACUGUUUUUGUCCUUAUCAGGGCACAACAUAGAGAUCGUUUUACGACAGUCAUUUCCUUUUUCAGCUCAUAGGAACUUGCACAGUGCAGGAAACAGACUGAAGCGAGUUGCAUUUUGCAAAUGAAAUAACACCAUCAUGUCAGAGGACGGUGUCCAGAGCAGCUUGGGCGUGGACGCCGCUUUUAUCAAAUCCAGGAGGGGGAUUGUGAAAGUGGCAGAGACAGUGACCUUGUUUGUUGCAUUUGUGUGUUUCGCUGUCGCCGCCACUCCAAAGUACCUUGCAGCCACAGUGUUGGAGUUCCUAAUCACCAUACUUCUGCUACUUUUGUACCUACUGAAACUCAACAAGAGGAUCACUUUCCUCUUUUGGCCUAUCGUUGAUUUUUUCAAUUCAGUGUUUGCUGCAGUGUACCUUAUUGUCUUGAGCCUGAUGGCGCUGACUUCAUACUCUGCCACAGGAACACUGGUUGGAGGGGUGGUGUGCCUGAUGUCAGCUGGACUCCUGUUUGUGGACGGCUUCACGCUUUUCAAGAACAUUACAUUCAACCAACCAAGAAAUGCAUCGCCGAAUAAAACUGAUAAAUAAAAACCAUAUUAAGUACAAUAAAAUGAUAUUUUCUGCAAAAAAAGUAUGAAAGGAGGCAACAAACCUCCCAAGCCGAAGAGUUUAUCUGUUUUGCUUUUGAAGACCCGUUCAUAUUUUGUUGCUUCUCGUGCUCUUUACUAUGUAUAAAACACCAAUGCAAUACCUGUUUUGGAAUGGUUACAAUAAAUAAAAUUUAAGAAAAAACAAUA